AUUCUGCUUGUGGAUACUACGCCUGGAUGAUUAGCCUCAAAUAUAAGAUGGCAAAUCACAGAACAAAAAUGAGAGCGAUUGGCUGUCCAGAAGUGACAAAUUCUCUCAAAAACAAGUCUAAGGAUGACUGUCUCCCAGCCAAAAACGUGAAGAAGGCCAGGAAGGCUGAAGUAAACUACUGUCCCUCAAACCCUGCUGGUGAAACUGAUGAAAGCCUAGAAAAGCUCCGAGUUGAACUGCUCAAUGAUGUUGAGCAAAGGGACCGUACACAGCUGGUGAAAGAGAUGAUGUCCAGAACCUUCGCUUUCAGAAGAAAGGAGGUGGUACACGGAACUCCAUCUGCUGCUGAGUUCAAAGCCAGGUGGCCUGCACUUUUCUGUGCUGGUGAGUUGCAGGCAGAGUUCCAACGCAUCAUAACAUUGCCACUCAUGUCUACUUUCAUGGCAAAGCUGGACAGCUGUCUACCUCAGCUGACUUCUGUACUCCGCAAAAAGGGAGGCAUUCCUGGCCAGAAACUAGCCAAACAUGUGACAGUCUUGACGGAGACUACCAGUCCCAUUAGUCAGAAGAGGUCAGCUGCCUUGAAGUCGUUAUGCAUCUACUUGGGCGAGAAAGAUGAAGAUCUCAUCCGGGAGUAUAUGGACAUCCAAGGACUUGAUAUCGAGAGGGAAUUCCGCAAGCAACCCAUGGGCAUCUGCCUUAUCUGCAAAGACGGGGGAGAUGCUGGAGACCACGAAGAUAUUGGGAUCCAUGUGGAGGGCACUAUUGUCCUCGACAACACUGCCAGUGAAGCACAGGCCUGUGUUUUCAUGUUUGCAAUAAUAUGUCAUGAACAUGGCAUAUCCACGUGA